AUGGAAUGUGCAUUCAAACCUGACAAAAAAUAUUGCUAAUAUUUUAAUAUUGAACAUCUUUCUUACUCAGAUUAUGUAGCUGGAGGUGUUUGUGAGGUUACAGAUGCAGCCAUUGGAAGAUAUUUAAGGGAAGGUUAUAGAAAAUAUAAAGGUUUAGAUUUCAAAACAGAGGUUAAAUAAGUUAAAAGUAUAAUUAAGGGAGUUUGGAAUUAAGAACUAAAAGUAAUAAUCAUUUUUUAUCUAAGUUUGAUAAUCAAAAAUUGAUAUCGAUAAUGACUGACUUCCCAAUCAAAUUAGAAUUAGCAUAAUAUCCAUUACCAUCAGAUGCCAAUUUUAGAAUGGAUGUUCUAAUGUGGAAAUUGAGAGAUUUUGAUUAAGCAUAAUAAUGGAAAGAAAAUCUAGAAAUAUUUCAAAGGCAAGAUAGAAAAUUGAGAGAAGCAAUAGGACCAAAAAAAAAGAAGAAAUGA